GGCCGAGUGACGUCACGCCGGUUCCGAGAAUAGGACCUACUGUUUUACUUGCGCCAAACAUUCACUGAAUAUAACACAUACAUAUACUAGUUUGUGAUAGAAUAGUAACCAGUCAAACCGUGCGAACGCUCCGCCCUCCUAACAACACGCUGCAUAUGAUCGUCUGUUGUGGAAGAAAUCACUCGUAUAUUUGUUUGGAAGCCAGUAUGAGCGACACGUUUCUGUAUUUCGGUUACGGCAGCAAUCUGCUCAAGCAGCGUCUGUUGUUACGAAACCCGUCUGCUGAUUUCCAUUGCGUCGCCCGGCUAAAGGAUUACAGGCUGACCAUGGUGAAACCACCGCCUUACCAACCGCACGUACACAGUUGGAAUGGAGGUCUCGCCUCCAUUGAGCCACACCCAGGAAGUGACGUAUGGGGCGUUGUGUGGCAGCUCGACGCUAAAGAUCGGACCAGUCUCGACCAACAGGAAGAUUACUACACAGGUCAUGACGUCACAGUGCAAGACGAGACUGGCCGUGAACAUGUCUGCAGAACCUACCAGCUGGAAGGUAGGUCCAGCGAGCGACCUUCACCCCAGUACAAAGACGUCAUAGUGAGAGGCGCCAAACAGAACGGACUUCCAGCAGAUUACAUCACAGGUCUAGAACAGAUGGAGGACAACGGGUUUGUGGGCCACAUGCAGUUGUACGAAGACGCACUCAAACUACUGGGUGACUGAAGAACAAUUUCUCAUCUCGGCGUCGGUAAAGCCACACCUUGGAUCAUGCUCAGUGUCACUUAGCAACUAGUGAUUGUUUCCUAUGAUUAAACAUUGUCUUAGAAUGACAUGUUAACCCGUGUUGUUCACAAAUGAUUGUUAAUGUUCAAUAUUCAAAAUUAUAUCAAGAAACGUAUUGUAAUGAAGCAAAACGACAGACACUUAAAAAUUAUACUACUCUACGGUAGUCCGUUUCCUAUAGUCCAGUCAAAUUAACUAAAAAAAAGUGAUCAACCCACAAGUAAUUGCAACAGAAUUGAUUUUAAUGUUUUUUAAAUCUGAAAUACCACAUCUACAACAUAUUAAAAAUAUCAAGGCGUAGUCGAGGGGGAAAAUGCAUAAAAUCGUAUGUAUAUGACCCAUAUGAGAAAUAUUGGUGGGUGUGUUUUAUGAGAGGGUAGGGAUACAUUUUCCAUCAUAACGUUCUUAUUAAUUGAUAUACUUUUAAAAAUUAUCUAUCAUCUUAAAGAUAACAGACUGUGCUUUUGUGUAGAAUAUAAUUUUGUAAAAUUUGUUAAUCUAUGACGUCACAAUCUCGCCAUAAUUAUCUCCCCUUCGGCAAUUCCACAAUUUCUCAUAUCUUUACAUUAAAAUGUUUGUCCUAAAACUAUUUUUUGGAAAAAGUAUGAACCAAAAGUGAUUUAAGUUGUAAUAAUAUGCCUGAAUAAAUUAUUUUAGAUCUA